GUCUUUUAAAGAGUCUCAUGUAUUUUCCCUUCUCAUGUGCAGCCGCCCAACAACAUUGCAGGACAGAACAAGGGAUAGCGACGAAGAUGAUCUUCAUGAUAGAAAUUAUGUUGUUGCUGCUUUAGCAAAUAACCUAAGCCAAACUUUCAGAUACAAAAUAAAUGGGAAUGAUAAUAAUGAAGAGCAUGGUGCUCUUGAGCGAGAUGGUGAGGACACAUACUUUGAUGAUGAAUCUGCUGAGGUUGUCAUAUCAUCCUUGAGGCUUGGAGAUGAACAAGGAAGUCUGUUCACAAAUUCGAACUGGUUUGCAUUCGAAGAUGACAGAAUCGGUAAUGCACAUGCGGCAUCAUCCCCCACAGAGGUGAUGAAUGGCACCACGAAUGGUGGUAACAGCGGUAGUGAUGAUGAAGUGGUAGUUGGAGAGGAAGAUGAGUUGAAUGAUAACAAACAGUCGGUGAAUAGCACAUCUACUUCCGAUGCGAUGAAUGAAUUUAACAAUUUUUGUGAGUGGUGGAGACUUGAAUCCACUAGGGGAGAAAGCCAAUGUAAAAAGAAGAAGAAGAAGAAGAAGAAGAGGGUAAAGUCAGGGACUUCACUGAAAACGAAUUAA